UGCUAAUGUCACGAUGACACUGUUCCAAGCUGUGUGUGUUUCUCUGUAUAAUUUUAUAGGCCCGAGAUUACAAUAGUAAAAUGUAAAUACAAUACACUAUGACCCUGUACGAUUUGCUGUACCAAAGUAAAACUAAUUAGGUACACAUCUAAUCAUCAUGAUCAUGAUAAUUACUCGAAAGCGAACCUCUCGCGCGAGCAGAUGGCUCGCCCAGUGAAGAUAUCAGAGAUAGACGUCAUCGAUAUUGCCAAAGAAUUUCAAGAUGAAUAUUAUUCAGAAACUCCGGAGGAUUAGGAAACAAACUUAUCGAGGAUAAGAUUUUUGCUAUUAACCAAUGGGGUGUGAGGAAUUAUGACAUGCCCAGAUCUGCCUGUUAAGAGACAAUAAAUACCACACUGCAUUGCAAGGAAUUUUACUUCUGAUCGGAAUCCUACGAGCCCUACGACAUCAUAGCAAUGGCAGUUGAGUACAUACGCACGUUUUUAUCCAAACAAGGUUAUUAUGACCGUGUAGAAUUUAGACCAGAUAACGUACUUAACGGUCAACAAUGUGUGACAGUCUCAUCUGAAAUCAGACACGGAAAACAGGAAGAUUCUAAGUUAUAUUCUAUAUGGCUGGACGUACUUCAACAUCCAGAGAACUAUCCAAAAUCUUUGCAUAAGUAUCAACUCCAACCUGACCUGGGAGGAAUGAUGGUACUGGAGACGCUUGAUGUCACUUUUAAAGUGUAUAUUAGCACAAGCACAUUAACCAUAGAAGGCAGUUUUGCAGAAGAAUGGUUUUUGAAAAAUUUCUUGAGAAUACUGGAGAACAGCAUUGAUGACGACCAGCUCCAAUUGGACCAAUCUUCAGAUGUGGGCAAUUCGGAGCUGAUGUCUAAAGAAUCUUUAGAUUGUGAACUGGCAAAUUUGGAGAUUGGGGGUAUGCGAGAUGGCCCUACAUAUAUUUACAAACUUUGGAAGUCACUUCUUAAAAUGUGGAUAUCUGACGGAAAUGAAGUGUACAUUCUUUCACCAUUUUUAGAUGAUAAACGUUUAAAAGAUAUUGCCGAUACAUGUUAUGAUUACAAAUAUACAUGUAGUUUUCCCAACUCAAUUACCAUAUACACGAGACAAAAUUGUAACAAUGAUCGCCAAAUUAGCGAUCUAAAAAUAGCAAUUUCAAAAGAUUACGACACUGAAAAGAAUGAUUUAAUAAAGUUUUCAAAGGAAAGUUUAUCGCCUCUAUUAAAGAUGACAUAUCAGAUGUUCUUCUUACGAGUGCCAAUUUUAACAGCAGCCAUUUUGAAUACAACAAUGACACUGUGAUUCAUAAGAGAAUGACCAAGGACCAAUUCCUUGAAAAUUACAUCAAUCCUAUCAAGUAAUUAUAAAUCCUAGAAAGAGUGAUUUUGUUUUUAAAGAUAUAUGUGUAACUUUUUACAUACUGAGAUGCUAUUUUAAAACUUAUGGCAUAAAGGAAG